CGCCGGCCGGGCAGGGGGCGCGCGCCCUGGGCACGGCGGUCCCCGCGGAGCUCCUCGCGGCGCGGACAGCGCGCCUCGCCUCCCGGGCGGAUUCGGGCAGAGGCGGGAGCGGCAGGUUUUUUUUCUGAUCAGGCGGACAGAUCAGCAUAGAGCCCAAGGAUGAAUGUUCAUCGUGGCAGUGAGAGUGACAGGUUAUUGCUGCAGGAGGCGAGCUGCCUGAUGGAUGAAACCUCAGCUGCAGCCCAAGAAAAGGAAACUAAUAGCCUGACUUCUGGUCUUCAAAGUCUUGCUUAUCCGCUAACUCCCAGGAGUGAUGACCUUUCACUGGACUAUGCCCCUCAGCCAGCAAGUCUCCAGUUCCCUCACAUGAUGCCACAUCCUGAAGACAGCAAAGGCUCCUGCUUCCCAAGCGGGAACAGACGGAGCUAUGAACCUUUCAUCGCUCCAGAACGAUUUGGAAACAGCACUACCGGCUUUGGCGGUAACUUUCACGCCCAGGCGCCAGAGAAAGUGACACUUCUUGUAGACGGCACACGUUUUGUGGUGAAUCCGCAAAUUUUCACUGCUCACCCGGAUACCAUGUUGGGAAGGAUGUUUGGACCCGGAAGAGAGUACAACUUCACACGGCCCAACGAGAAGGGGGAGUAUGAGAUUGCAGAAGGAAUCAGCGCAACUGUCUUUCGAACGGUGCUGGAUUAUUACAAAACUGGUAUCAUCAAUUGUCCUGAUGGCAUCUCUAUCCCAGACCUUAGAGAUACGUGUGAUUAUCUCUGCAUUAACUUUGACUUCAACACUAUCCGGUGUCAGGAUCUGAGUGCUUUAUUGCAUGAACUAUCUAAUGACGGUGCUCACAAGCAGUUUGAUCACUACCUCGAAGAACUGAUCCUGCCCAUCAUGGUGGGCUGUGCCAAGAAAGGGGAGCGAGAGUGCCACAUCGUUGUGCUGACAGAUGAGGAUUCUGUGGACUGGGAUGAAGACCACCCCCCUCCCAUGGGAGAGGAAUAUUCCCAAAUUCUUUAUAGUUCCAAGCUCUACAGAUUCUUCAAGUAUAUUGAGAAUCGGGAUGUUGCUAAAACAGUAUUAAAGGAACGGGGCCUGAAAAACAUUCGCAUUGGAAUUGAAGGUUACCCUACCUGUAAAGAAAAGAUUAAGAGAAGACCUGGUGGCCGAUCUGAAGUCAUCUAUAAUUAUGUGCAGCGCCCUUUUAUCCAGAUGUCAUGGGAAAAGGAAGAAGGAAAGAGUCGCCAUGUGGACUUCCAGUGUGUUCGGAGCAAGUCCCUCACUAAUCUGGUAGCCGCUGGAGAAGAUGUCUUGGAGGACCAGGAGAUACUGAUGCAUCACCCACCCCAAGUGGAUGAACUUGACCGGCUAAAUGCCCCACUUUCUCAGAUGGCUUCUAACGACUUUCAGGAUUAGGGCCAGCUGGGGGUCCACCUCUCUGCGAAGCGUUUGUCUGACCGAGCUGCCGAAAGCCGGCUCUCCCAUCCUUUUCCGUUCUCCCAUAAUUCACCUGCAUCCUUUUCGGUAUAUCUGCACCUCCGCAGGGGAUGAGAAAGCCUCACUGGUAAUGGCUCCCAGCUUUGCAGCAGCCUUGGUAACUUGAAAUUUUAGGUCUGGUGCUGUUCACUGAGCCUUUGCAUAACUGCAGAGCAGAAAAGGAAGUCAAGACUCCUGUUGCCUCAUUUGGCAAAGCUGUUCUGAUUCUUCGUGCUGUGUCUUGCUUUGUGUGUUUUGUUUUACACCAAGCACUCACUUAGCAGCAAAGGGACCAAACCUAGUGGAGACAAUUCCUAUCUCCUCCAAUAGCACUAAUGGCAUACUCAGAGGGUGAUGAAGAUGCCAUUCCUAGUAGCAUCUGUGCCCAGAUUGCAGCAGGGUAGAAGUAGGCUCAUAUUCAAAAUGUUUAGAAGGAAAUUCUUAGGCGCUAAAAUUCAGUUUGUGUGUUUUUUUUCAUUAAUGCAAGAACAAUCCAAAACCAUAUGGAUCCUGUGACAGGAAGGAAAGUGGCAUAACAGUGUUUAUGGAACCCUAGCGUCAUGGUGUUUAUUCGUUAGGAGCAAACUCCAGAAGAACCUCUCCCGACGGGGCCACUUGCAUUGUCCUGGCUUGGAAUUGGUGAGAAGCCACAGGUCUUCGCCAGGAGCAGCUGUUGCUGUGGGUGUGGGUGGGCGACCUGAGAUACGACUUAAAGGCUCUAGACGUGAGCAGACAUUUCUCACAAGGGCCGUUUCUCAGCAGGAAGCCUUGAAGAGCUCCGUGAGGGGAAAGCUGGAUGGGGAAGCUUCACCUGCUCAGGCUUUGUCCCAGUUCAGGAUUCUUUUCAUGUUUAGGGAUUUUUAUUUUUUUUUUAUACCAGGAUAUUUUCAUUUUGAAAUAGCCUACCAGCUGCUCACACUGAAUAAGAAACCACAUUAAUAUCAUCCCCAAAGGAAGGAUGAGUUGAAGGGAAAUGAGACUAGUAAUUGCUUGCUCUGUCACUGUGUGUUAAUGCACAGUGUGUGACACCCAGCUCACCCUCCCAGCACUGAACCGCCUUCCCCUGUGUCCCUAUGGCUACAGCCGGAUGUGUCAUGGGAUCAUCUCCCCUUUUGUGCUUCAGGCUGGCCUCCCAGUCACCUGCUCGGGGUAUUUAUCAUCACAACUUACAAAGAGGCACAUAGUUUUCUUUAAGAGCAUGACUGGCUUUCUUAAACCCGUUCCCAUAGAUGCUCUAGGGCUAGCUGCUUGAUUCAGUUUGACCAUGCUAAUCCCAAGUCCUCCGAGGGUGAAGUCGGAUGGCGUUGAAAGCUGCUCUCCAGGCUGGAAGAGCAAGUAUCUUCUAGUAAGUAUAUUCUCUGCAUGUGGUCAGCAUCACAGUGGAAAUGAGUGCUCUUCCUCUGAAAGGUAAUUGGGGUUAAACUGAACCACCCCCACCUGCAGAGUUCUGAUUACCAUUGGCACCCAUUUGUAAGGCUUAUGGCCAGUGGGUGGCUUUAUUUCUGUGAAACUGUUGGCUCAUAUUUGAGGUCAGGUUUGGCUAUGACCUCACCAGUAUACAAUUGUGCCCAUUAGUCGACCAGCCCAGUAUUGUUUAAUGGUGCUUCCUUUACUUGUCAGUUGACUUCCAUGUCAUCACAUUGACUGUGCAGUCUGGUAUAUGUAUAACUUCGUUACACAGCUAAUGUAUUGGUUAUGUUAGUAAGUGUCAACACGCUGAUUCUCUAGUCCUUGCUUAGUUGGAAAGCCAGGUGUGAAAGUAUGGCAUGUAGUGAACACUUCUGUAUAAAUGAUUAAUUCUGACUUGUAAGAACUAUAUCUUCUUUCCCCAAAUUGGGUUAAUGUGCUUUUGGCCCCAACCCCAUGGGAAAUCUGGGGAGGUAAAUCUGCCAGUGUCACCAGGUGGUGAUGACUGAGGAGGAAGCUGAGCGGGAGGCUUCUGCACUCCGUGCCCUCCCAGCCCAGAGCUCGGCAUCAUUGUAAUUUGGUGGUUCCCCUCAGUCAGAGCUGCUGUUUCCAGGGCCAGGACAUUCUGCUGUGGCAGGACCUCAGCCAACACACGCUGGGUUGUAGUCUUUCCCUUAAGAAUCAGUUACUGGCCACCUGGGCAAGAGGUGUUUCUAAUACUAAAGGUAGGACUCAGGUUUGGUAUUUUCUUCUAAGUGCCUAAAUAAGUAAGCCAGGUGAUUUAUACAGAAACAUUUUCAUAAGGAGGUAUUGUAGUUUUAGCCAGACUGUCUUACUCCGAGUUAUCUCAGCAAGCCAAGAUGAACCUGAAUUUGAAGUUUAGAAUCAGUUCCUGCCUGCAUCCUAUCACGUAUGGUUGAGUAGGAAACAUUUGCCAUAGAGACUUGGAGAGUACUGGGCAAGGAACAGUGUUAAAAUGUGGUGAUAUUAGCGAUUUAUCAGGCUGAAAGAAUGACAACAAAAGGUAAAGCUGGAAAGUAGCUGGGUUUACUGCACACAAUAGCCAAUAUUUUCAACUAAAUCCCAAGAGAACGUGAUAAUGUAAUGUACACAGUCUAAGGAAAUGCUGUGGAAUAAGCCCAGGAAGGACAACUGUAUUUGCAUAGUGUUCCAGCAGAUCCUUGUGUAAGUAAAACCAACCAGAACACGGGCCUUCAUUCACAGUCAAAGUGUGACAUGGAGCCUUCUUUCUCUGGUGAAUCUAAUGUCAUCUUGAAAUUGUUAAACGGGCAUAGUGAGUUCAGAAAGCAAACCUGAUGCCUUCGUGGGAGAUGGAGCCAAGUCAUGCUCUGGGUGGGACCACCACUGCAGGACAUUUUCUCUUAAAGGCAAAAUGCUUUGUUUUGCCUCUUUACUUUGUAUUUAAAGUUGCACAUGUUUACCUACCAGUGUUUACGAAACCCUAUAUUUGGGAUGCUUUUUUUUUUAAAUAAAAUAUUAUAAUUCGUG